AUGUUGAUUAUAAACAUCAUUUUCUUUAUAUGUGCGAUAUGUUGCACCGUAAACAUUGCAAGCUCGACUGGCACUUUUGUAUCACUAACAACCAGAUCAAAACGCGCAAUUAUCAAUUCUGGCCAUGAAGUUCACAAUAAUCAAGAGCGAUUCAGAGGAACUACAUCGAGAAUUUCGUUGCCACAGGAUAUUACCACAAGAUCAUUGUCUAGUUAUGGAAGUGCCAUAGCAUCGCAACCAAAGCGGAUUUCUUACACUAAUUCAAAGCAAGACUCUUCUCAUGCAUACGGCAGUGUACCAAGGCGACCGCUUCCUACUUCCGUUCCUUUGUCUGUUGAUCACACCAAAUCUUAUCGCAAUAAUCCUCUUGUUUCGUAUUUCAAUAUAUUGAAUAAUUCCAAUUUGUACAAGACUACAACGAGCAAACCAUUAGAUGCAUCCAAACCGACUGCAUCGCAGUCGCUUCAGAAACUGCAAGGCAUUUACUUGCCAAAUGCGUUUCAUCAAAAAAAGUCUAUUGGAUUCUCCGAAUUCGAAUAUCCCUCGUAUGCCAGUAUCAGCAAGCUUAUCUCUCAGGACGCACAAAACGGCGCUUCGUCUUCGACUAUACAAGUGCCAACGUACAAAACGAAUUAUCCUCUGUCAAAAGUUAUCGAAGACCCAUAUGGAUACACAUUGAAUUUUCCAACGGUGUUAAAUGUUUCUCCGUCGUUGGAUAAAACGUCGCAAAACUCCAAGCAGAAAGAUGAAGCUACUACAGACGUGAAUGGUAAGAAGAUUUCAGCCCCAAUCAUUCAAUUUCAGAGUAAUGCAGACUUCUCUGAAGUUUCACCCAUCUUCGGGAGUCAGCCGUUCUUUCUAAGUGCAAACUAUCCGACCGAAUCGGAUUUGGCAUUUAACUUUGGAACUGGGCCAAAGCUCAACAUGGCUCUUCAAUCGAGAAACGUUUCGCCAUUUUUGUCGCCUCUGUCGAGCUUUCAAGGUCAAAUUGUGCCAAUCCAGACGGCUAACAAUAGUCCACAAUUUCCGCAAUAUAAAGGCGCCAGUGUAAAAGUUUACCCAGUUCCAAAUAAUGUUCCUAAAGUGCAAGGCAGUUACGAGUCCCUCUAUAGUCAACCACAAUUGCACUUUGGCCAGCAAUAUAGUAAUAAUGUACAGCCCAUUAAGAUGCAGCAAAACAUUGUCCAUCCUCCCGUGUCAACAGAAGGUAUUCUAAACGAUGUAGAGAUCAUCAAUAAAAAAAAUCCGGAACCGCAUACACCUCAAUCUGAUGAUGAUGAUAGAAAUGAUGGUGAUGAUGAUGAUGAUAGAGAUGAUAAAAAAUAUAAAAAUCCGGAUAAGGAAAAUGAAGACAGUUCUGAAGAUGAUGAUGCUGAGCCUCAACCAAGAAAAUAUUUCAACGAACCACCGACAGAAAGUGAUUUUAAACCUUCGUCAUCUUACCCUUUCAAAGAGUACGACGAAAGAUUCGGGAAAUAUAAAGCACAAAUCGAUGACAACGAUUCCGAAGACAAGCCACAUUCCAGUUAUAAGCAUGAUUCAAAGGACGAUGACGAAGAAGAAGAAGAAGAAGAAGAAGAAAAAGAAGAAGAAGAUUCAUCAUCAGAAUAUCGUACUGAAUACACUGACUCCCCAAAAUCAUCGAAUGAGUCGUAUGAAGAAGAAGAUGAAGAAGAAGAAGAAAGCAUUAAACACCAAAGGCGCGAAGAAGCCACAGACUCUGAUGAAAUGCAACCUAAGCAAUCUAAAUAUCAUGGAAAAGAUUUCGAGCAUGAAUUUGAAGAAUCUUAUCGGAAGGAGCUACCAAAACACAAAUAUGUGCAUAUAAAGGAAGUGCCAGAAAUAGAUAGUUAUAAUAAUCCAAUAUAUUCUAAACGACAACAAAAAAAUAAUAAUCAAUCUCAUGUAAAUCACGGACAAUAUCAAGAAUCGACAAAUCAAGAAUUUCAAGCUUCCCGUAAAAAUCGCAGAAUACCAAAGGCAGGUUAUAAAGACAACACAGCUUAUGGUUCAGAUGUUUUUGCUAAAAAAGCGCCGAAAAUGAUUUAUGAAGAAUAUUUUGAAUAUAAGAAUCCCGAGAUUGAGAAGUAUUCUAAGCAUUCGAAAACUAAAGCUAUUGCGAUUGAGAAGUAUUCGCCUAAGAAAGAAGAUAGCUAUCUUCGCGCUGCUAAGUAUUACAAAGUUAAACAUCCUAAAAUUGACAGCAAACUUGCUUUUAAAAAUGAAAAUAUUCCGAUAAACAUUCAGAAAUCAGCUAAAUAUGCGCCUGAAAAAAUUAGAUCGAAUGUAAAGCAAUUGUCAGAUAUACCAAGUACAGUCCCCUUUUAUGGGCCAAAUGUAGUAAGCAAACAAAUACAUUCUUUUACGAACGCAAAAACUCUAGAUCUGACAGGAAUCUAA